UCCUAGAGGAGACUGAUGGGGAAAUUACUGGCAUAGACUUCCAGCGUACAGUCUUUUAAGAAAAUCGAAAGUGCUGAAGAAAAGAAAAAGUCAUGCCCCGACCAGGCAAGAACUCGUACAGUGACCAGAAGCCUCCAUACUCCUACAUUUCCCUGACUGCCAUGGCCAUCCAGAAUUCCCAAGAGAAGAUGCUCCCUCUGAGCGACAUCUAUAAGUUCAUCAUGGACCGCUUCCCUUACUACCGAGACAACACCCAGCGCUGGCAGAACUCCCUCCGGCACAACCUCUCCUUCAAUGACUGCUUCAUCAAGAUCCCCCGACGGCCCGACCAGCCGGGCAAAGGCAGCUUUUGGGCUCUGCACCCGGACUGUGGGGACAUGUUCGAGAACGGUAGCUUCCUGAGGAGACGGAAGCGCUUCAAGGUGUUCCGAGCAGAGCACAUUGCUUGCAAAAGUUCCUCCAUGAUGCACUACUUCCACCACCACCACCACCACCACCUCCAGGCGGGGGGGAAGCCGGGCGCUGCGGCACCCGGGCAUCAGGAGCCCUCGCUGGGCCAGGUGAGCGCCGUGGGCCGCCUGCCUCCUCACUUCCAAAGCUACGGGGGCAUCGCUUGCUCCCAGCCGGGCGGCUUUAAGCACCCGUUCGCCAUCGAGAACAUCAUCAGCCGGGACUACAAGGGCGUGAUGGCGAGUGGGCUCCCACUCACCUCGGUCAUGCACCACCUGGGUUACCCGGUUCCCCCACAGCUGAUGACUUCCAUGUGGCCCCACGUCGGGAUAAUGGCAGAGUCCGUAGGCGCCCCGUCUCCAGAGUACUCGCCCUUCGGCGUGCCGACCAAGAGUCUGUACCACCACAGUGUCGCCGGGCCCACGCUGCCCGCCGUGCCGGUGCCCAUAAAGCCCACCCCGUCUCUGGGUCCGGUGCACGGCUUGAGUGGGAUGCAGCCCGGUCCGGCACAGCUGUGCACCCCAGCCUCCUCAUCCUCCUCCUCCUCUCAUCCGGCGAUAGAGAAAGGCGAUGCAAUGGAGGGGAAAGGCAGCCUUCUCCGCCCCGCGGCCCUCCUGCUGGCUUAAUGUGGACU